CUCACACGCUAAGAAAACCUCUUCUAGUAUCCCCGGAUAAAGAUGCUCUAAAUGCAUAAAUAGUCAUCUUUUGCGAGUGUCCGCGUAAUUCAGACACUAUAAAAACAAAUAUUCAACGUGCUCAACAUUAAAAAUACCAUUAUAAAAUGAAAAUAAUUUCAUUUUCUUAGAUACAAAGUUUAUUUCACAUCUAUAAAUUCAUGCAUCUCUAAAGCGCCUCAUCAUCUUCAUCUCCAUUAUAAUAGGCCAUCUUCAUCGCAAACAAACAAUCACACAAAAGAACCUGAGAAAACAAAGAUGCAUGGCCUUAAGCGCCUCAUCAUCUUCAUCUCCAUGUUUGCCGCCAUUUCAGAAGCCCAAUAUCUUCUUCCGAUCACCAAAAACGAAACCACCAAACAAUACUACACCACUAUCAACAUCGGAUCCGCCGCCAACUCUCCCGUUAACCUUCUCCUCGAUAUCGGAACCGACCUCUCAUGGCUCAACUGCCGCAAAAUAAAAUCCUUAUCAUCACUCCACCUCGUCCCUUGCCAGAGCCCCACUUGCAAGUCCAUCCCCAGCAACGCCUGCGACGGAAAACACUGUCUUUACCUUCAACAAAGCCCUUUCGUCAAAAACCACACAGUGUCCACCGUCGACCGUGUCGUUCAAGACAAAGCCACCAUCUCCACCAAAGUCUCUUUCCGUCCAUUCACAUUCUCCUGCGUCGCUCAGACACACAUCCAAGGCCUUUCCCCUCCCAUCGCCGGAGUUCUUGGUCUUUCUCCGGGAGAGUUCCCGUUCUGGAGACAGGUGACGAGAGCGUUUAACAUCAUCCCGCGCUUCGCUAUCUGCUUGCCUUCUUCAGGCAACGGUAAUUUCUUUAUCGGCGGUGGAGGUUUCGGUGUUUCGAUGACUUUGACUCCGUUGAAAAUAGUUGGCUCUGAUUAUCUUAUCUCCCCCACGUCAAUCUACGUUGACGGGAUACCUUUAUCGUUGAAUCCAAGUUUGCUUGAGGGCGGAGCAAAGCUCAGCACGGUGGUUCCGUACACCGUACUUCAAACUGAUAUCUACAAUGCUCUUGCUAGUGCAUUUACCCGUAAAGCAAUGAAAAUAGGAAUGUCUGAGAUCCCUCGACUUGCGCCAUUUAAACACUGCUUCCAAGAAGGCUCUUCCAUGAGAAUAAAUGAGGAGUUGAUGAACGUGACGUCGGUAGAGAUUGGGCUGCCAGGGAAUGGAAGGGAGGUGAAGUGGACGUUUCACGGUAAGAAUACGGUGGUGAGCAACUUGGAAAAAAAAAACGAUCUUCUCUCCCCACCAACUCUUCGCUUCGACAUCUCCUCUUGCGUCUCGUUCCGGUGGCCGACGGAGGGUCUCUACCCGUCGGUCGCCACCCCGUUUCGUCACCGUUCCUAGUCUCUGCCCUCUCACGCUUCUGUCUCCUCCACUUCCUCCUUGCUUCAUCUCCUCUGUUUAUCGUCGGGUUGCGGCCGGACUAGGCGAUUCAAACCGGUGGCUGUGGGUGUCUACAGCUUCCCUGGAGAGAUGGCGAGGUCGUGGUGAGCCGGAUCUG